AUGGUCAUGCCGUUCCAGCCGACCUCUUCGCACCACAAACAGACGACAGGCACAAGGAUAAAGAAGAUGUACCUAUCCAACGACAACCAUCCUGCCAGUUUUACGGCAGGGAUCGUUUGCUUGCCACCGCCGCCGCCGCCUCUUGACUCGGCCACCGCGCCGUCGAUGAGCCAACCCUCGGGCGUCGCCCUCUUAACCCCGAACCGCUGCCUCAGCACAACCCACCCUCGCCACGAUCAACAACGUCCUAAACGCGCGCGCGUCCGCCUCCUUUCCAUCCUCCCCAUCCCCGCUGCCAAACCUAACCUCGAGCGCGGCCCUUACGGCCCCGGUCCACGAACCCUAGCCCUCGACAGCUUCCUCCGUGAGGAUCCCUCUCGCGCGUUCCGGGCGCCGGCACGGGCGACGCAGCUCGACAAGUCGUCGGGCUCCACGACUACCACACCCGAGGACCCGAAUCCCAACCCCGUGCGCGACGGCCCGGCACCCCCAGGUGCAUAA